CUUCGGAAGAGAAGUGCUUCUUGUUGUCCUGUUGACUAUUGAGAUCAAGUGUCAUCCGAAUCCACACUCUGAAGUGCCUUUAGAAGCAUCCCGUUGAUAUUCUUAAAGCCAAAAUCCGGGAUGUCAGAAAAUAUCUUCUUGUUCGUCCCCAACCUCAUUGGGUAUGGUCGGAUCAUACUGGCAAUCAUAUCCUUCUACUAUAUGCCAACAAGUCCUGGCUUAGCAGCUGGAAGUUACAUCCUUUCUGGGUUUUUAGAUGCCUUUGAUGGACAUGCUGCAAGGAUGCUGAAUCAAGGUACAAAAUUUGGGGCUAUGUUGGACCAGCUAACUGAUCGUUGUGGAACUAUGUGUUUACUAGUAACACUGGGCCAUUUUUACCCCAAAUACAUGUUUCUAUUUCAAAUGUCGAUGGCUAUUGACAUAUCUUGCCACUGGCUUCAUCUGCAUACGUCUGUUAUGUCUGGUCAAGCAAGUCACAAAAGUGAAGCAGCAAAUGUCAAUGCUCUUCUGCGAUUUUAUUACACUUCUCGACCAAUGCUGUUCUUCAUGUGUUCAGGGAAUGAGCUCUUCUAUGCUUCACUUUACCUCCUCCAUUUCACUGAAGGCCCCAUCAUUGCUGGAAUAGGGUUAUGGCGAGCAAUGGCCUAUGGUCUACUUCCAGUUGGUAUUUUUAAAUCUUUCUUAGCUCUAAUGCAAGGUUAUUAUGCUGCUUUGAGUCUUGGUGCUAUUGAUGUUCGAGAUCGCAAGGAGGCAGCAGCAGCCAAGAAGGAGUGAACCUGAACUUUACAGAAAAUUUUAAUUCCUUCUUGGCUUUACUUUUGGUAAAACUGUUUCUCCUCCUGAGAUUUUGUUGGAACGAAUUAACUAAAAUUCUUUAGAAAUAUUUGCAUGGUUUAUAUGAUAUUGAGUCUGGUUUAUGUAGAACUGCAUUAUACAUGCAGGUGCAUAAUGACAAAUUUUUGCCUUUUUAUUUUAAUCAAAUGACAUUACCAAUUGCAUUAUAAUUAAUAGUAAAUAGUAACGUCAGAUAAUUCAAAGCAAUGGAAUGCCAGUGGCUACAUCUCGAUGAUGUGACGUUGCAGUGGUGGCAUUCUUAAUUAUGUAAGAAAAGACUUUGACGGCAUUCUUGAUUAUGUAAGAAAAGACUUAAUUUUUUUGGUUUAUACAGUAUACUAUCAGGUUAAUGUAAGCCAACUGUAGCUACUUUUUUAAUUUCUCCAAGAUUCCUUGUAAAUGCUACACAUUACAAUUAGUACUGUUAUUCGUAUGAGGGCAAUGUGACAGUUGAACCAUCAUAGUAAGCUGUAUGUAUUUUUUGUUUUAAAUUGACAGGAAAAUUGUCCUGCAAAGAAAGUAAUAUGGAACUAAAACUAGCUGGCUAGGAGUGAUGAAGUUUGACUGAGAUUAGUAGGUAAAAGGCUUGUUAUAUAUUAAGUUGGCAUACUAAUCCAUCAUUUUAUUGUGAACAGUAUAAUAGACAAUUGUUGUUAAUAUGAAAGUUGCUAUUCAGUGGUGAGCUGAAAUUCUGAAUAAACCUAUGAAUACAUUAAAUAUUUUGGGUUGUACAGAAAAUUUCUUCAUGCAUUCCAUUUCAUUUAAGUUUUUAUGUGGGUAUACUUUUUUUUACUACCACUCAAAGAAAACCAUUUGAUGAAGGAAAAUUAUAAGCUCCACGUUUGAGUAGUGGAUAGAUUUGCACAUCUUACCUCACUAUAUCGUUAGUUACGAACCUCAAGUAGAGAAUAUCCUUUAAGCAGGGAAAUAAGUAUUUGGCUUAGGAAAUAUGAAAUUAAAGGAAUAUGUGCUGUAAUUUCAACAUGAUUGUUGUUUGUUCUUUUUGUCUGAAUUUUUAGUUCAUUUUAUGACUGCCAUAUUUCAUGUUUACGGUAUGGGACCAAAGCUUGGAAGAAGUGUUGACUGAGGAAGAAGCACAAGGCUGCUUAAGUCUACGAGUGAGUAGAUAUGCAGCAUGGAAAAAUUAAUGUAUGUUACCUUAUCUGCAUAUAAAACUGUACAUGAGUAAGGUCAACAUAAAAUACAUGAGCUUGAAUGGUAUAGCUUUCAUCAUUUGCAAUUUUAGGGAAAUAUAUUGCUUUAUUAUAACAUUGGCAAUGCCUCGUAGGAGGCAAUAAUGUCAAUAGGACAUAACAGGGUUAAUUGCAAUGUAUGGAAAUGUUAAGUGAUAAACAUUAUUUAUACUUUGUGGGAAAUGGUAAUUUGUUCAGGUAAAUCACUGGGACUGAAAUUGUUCUGAGUGAGGUAAUUUUGAGCAGGUAUUGAUGGUGUUGUCAUCUAUAGGUAGGCAGAAUAGUGUGUGGUAUUUAUGGUCAAAGCUUAGGCAUUAGUGCCAAAAAUGAUAUGCAUUGCCUGGUAUAGUGUACAGAGGUGAUGUCUACCGUAUAAUUUUUUUUAAAAACCAGUGGAUCCAGUUGCUAAAAGCUCAUGGAUAGCUUUGUCUGCAUUUGUUUGGAGUAAACAUUAAAAGGUUCACAGUUUGUCUUGGCAUGGAGAAUUUUCACUGUGAAUUUUGUUUUUAAAAGGUAAAGUUGAAUUUCAGGCUGGUUAAGGUUGAUUUAGAAAUACAAAUUCAUAAAAUAAGUUUAAUCUACUUUGUUUCUUCCUUCUUCUUCAUUUAGUAUAUCAACUUAAUUCUUGUUUAGAGAAUUUGAAUAUCGUUUAAAGAACACAUUUUUUGGGAUACAGUUUUUGUUUCCCAGGAAUGCUGUUUUUACAUAGAUGGUAAAAAGUAGAAUUUUGAAAGUGUAGUAGCAUUGAGGAUACCCAUACUAUUGAGUAAGGUUAGAAUUGUUGGCCCUUGCUGUAAUAUGCUAUGCUAGAUUUUGAAGACUAUGAUGUGAGGUUUUGCUGCUGGCUUUAUGCCUAAUUAGGAUAAAUAAUAGCAGUCCUUGAGACAAUAUUUCAAAAUGCCUUCCAAACUUGGAUUACUGAAGUACUACUUGACAAUACAUGGAAGAGGAUAAUAUGCAUUAAAUCUUUAAGUAUUUCUGUUACAUGUUUAAUUUAUAGUAAUUUGUUGUCAAAAACAAAAUGUAUACCAUAUCCAGUAGAAUAUUAUAUCUUUGGUUUAAAAAAACUUAUAAGUAACUUGUAUGUAUGUAGUUGCAUUGUGAAUAGUUUUUUUAAAUUGUCUUGCUAGGAAUUAUUAACAGCAAUAAGAAGUAGUUUCUAUGUUAAAAUUAGUUGGUUAUUACAAAUUUAAGGUAAGUUGAGUCUUUGAAGAGUAGACCAGUAAUUAUUAUGUAUGCCAGGUAUUGGAUAUUGUAGAGUUAACAGUUAGAACAUGACUGUUAAUGCAUUAUUGAUACAUAGGUAGGUGUGAAGUAGAUCCCUUCAAUGCAGUUGCAGCUUACCAGACCAUAAUUGUAGAAAUCUAAUUAAGUGCCCAUCCAUUGUUUGGUGCAUAUUAGAUAUUACCUCAUCAUAAGAAUAGCAAUUCCCUCUGUAGCACUGCCAAGUUUUAUAUUUAAUUGAAAUGAGAGAAGAAUUUUCUCACCUCAUGGAUUUUAGUCAUCCCUUUAGGCAUUCUCAUAAGUGUUGAGAUGUGAGUAAAAUUUUCUUCUAAACAAGAUUUGAUUGAACCCAUGUUGAACGGCACUAAUGUAUUAUAGAGUCCAAAUGAGUUUAUUAUUCAAAAAGUAAUUACUAGUUAUAUUGAUAUAAAUAAAACUAUAGUCUGAAUUACCUUGAUAUGCUUAGCAUCAAAUUUUUCCAAUUUCCAAUAAUCUUAUUAGGUAAGAUGAUUAAUGCAUUUGAUGUAGUAUAUGGUAUCUUCAGGAUAGUCUCAGAAGAGCUUAAUAUUUCUGUAAUUGUGACAUAAAAAUAAAUUAUUUUUCUAAGACUAAAUUAUGAGAGGAUUAUAAAUUUAGAUGUGACAAUGGUUUUGCUAUUUUCAUAUAUAAUGUAAUGAAUUAUGCAUGAAUUAAGGUGUCCCUAUGAUUUAAAUGAAAGCUUUAACUUUAAUAUAGUUGCUUCUAGUCAAGUAAAUUGUAACUUAAAGCUUUUGUGCCAAAGAGAGACUGAUAGACUUUCUCUUAUGGGAACUACAUGAAGUUAUAAUUUAUUAUGUUCACUACCAGGUAAGUAAACUAUGCUAUCACAAGGGGUCUCAAGCUAUGAAGUUUGCCUAAGAAAGAAAAUUUUUGUUACAUGUUUCCAUUGUGCAGGAUAUUUUUUUUUGUUGCGUAAAAUCUUAUGUUUUUUUAAAACUAUUUUCAAGCAACCAUUGUUUGUUACUUUUUCAGCAUGUGAUAUGUUUAGGGUAAUGCAAACUAUGUUAUUUAGAUAUGCCAUUCAAUCAUUUUUUGGUAAUGUACUUAAACUUAUUCUUUACCAUACUCUUCUUGUAAUGAUCCAUGACCCUGUAAAUAACAUACAUUGAAAGUUA